AUGUCCGUCCAUUCGGCCACACCGAACGUAUCAGCUAGACCUGUACCACCAGGACUAGAGUGCCAGAUCAACCCCCUCACUUGGGGAUAUGACUUUGACCCUACUGACCCCGCCCAAGUUAUAGACCCCCCUACAAUCAAUAGCUACAUCGCCAUGUGUUUGGAAAGCUACAGAGACACCCAAGAAGACGAGCUAGAGCCAUGGACUUCUGUCUAUAAGGAUGCUAAGAACAAGAUCAUCGCGGAACAAGAGGUCAAGGAGGCUAAGAAAAUAGCACUUGAGCAGAAGCAGCACGCCAAGGAUAAAGCAACAACGGCACCUACUGUUACACCGGCGGCACCUGCACCUGCUGUUACACCUGCAAUCGAGCCUACAACUGAACCUGCAAUCGACCUUACAACUAAGUCUACAAUCGAGCAAAAGGGGCCAGCUACAAGUACCAACCGCACACCAUUAAGUGACCCUUCUAACACUCGAGGCCCCGCUGCCCUGCUAACCACACGAACUAGCGACUACGUCAAACAGAUUGGUGACUUUUCGAAGGUAUACCAGGACACAGAAAAGAAAUAUAAGGGCGCUGAAUACGAAGUCUUUACCGACAAGCUCAAGAUUUUCUAUGAAAACUGCACACGCUUAAGCAUCUUUCAAGGCGAUAAGGUGGGCUACGCAAUAGCUUUCUCUUUGAUGCUUAAGGACGAGGCACACUACUACGAUCAUCGAUUGCUACCAUUACGACGACCAGACCUUCCACCGCUUACCUUAUCGAUGCUACCGAGUCAAGAGACCAAUACGAAGACGAGGUCUACUACGUGGACCGCCAGUACAAAGGCAGUGGAGGCAAUAGAGGCCGUGGCUACAACGGUAGUAGCAAUAAAGGCUUUAAAAGCUAUACCAGAGGAGGAAAUGAUCGGACCAGCAGUCGCGGCUAAGGAAAUCGAGGCAACUACGGGGGUAGUAACAGAGGAAGAGGAAGCGCAACAACCCGUGCUGACCGCGCUGACAAACGCUGUUUUUAGCGAAGAGCCGGCCGCAACCCAAUUCUCUACUGAAUUAAGAACUAUUGACGGCCAACACUUGAUAGUAGCGUUGCUUAAGAACGCAACCUAUCACACUUUUACCUCUAUCGACCCAUUCAAGCCACCCCCGAAUAUCGUUCCCUUAGAGCAUUUUUUACUCGACCGAUACUCGGCUUAUAAAUUCCAAAGGUUUAUCCUCGAUUCUAAAGCAGCCAACCUCUCCACUGCAAAAGAGCAACAAGUUAAGGCUUUGAGCAAGCUCCUCCCUCUUCGAAUCAACCGAGGAACGGCCGACAAGAAUACUAUUAAGUUCGGAGGCAACACUACACGUGUUAUAAGCUCCGUAAUAGUCUAUUACAACAAUCUUGACAAUAUGCUCGUCCAAGGCAACAAGCGUAUUCCAAUUAACAGCUACUUCGGUCCUCUCGACCUGAUUAUUCACGACCCAAGAACGAACUUUGCAGCAGCUGAGUUCCGCGGUCUGGCCAAGAUGAUGUCUAUCGACAUCAGUAAAAUGCCUACGGAAGCCUACAAUAGCAUCAUCUCGGAGGAGAUGCAGGACUUAAAAGUGACUAAAGAACAGAUCUUGCAGAUAGCAAUCAAAGCCGUCAACGAUACCGCCGGGCUAGCAGGCUUGGUACCUACUCUCCUUGUAUUUGGUGCUUACCCUCGCAUGACUCACUUGGAUCCACCAGCCCCUUCUACUACUACUAAAGCAGAAGCCAUCAAAAAGGCUAUGUCGGAAGUGAGAAGAUUGCAAGCUGUAAGACAAGUAGCAGACGCCUUGAAUAUGCGCAACGGACCUUCUACGAUUAAGACGCUAGCUCUCCCUUUGCAAAGCCAAGAAGACGACGAGCGUCCCGAAGAGGAAAGACCACCAGUGGAAGAGGCGCCACGUCGAAGUAGCAGAAACAGACGACCUCCAGAGCGUUAUUGCACGAAAGCUAAAGAGCUAGCGCAAUUCCUUACCAUAUCAAGUAAUGUUGAUACCUUCCUAACCCGGAAGAAGCAAACAGACCGAGAGCUAGCUACGAAGCUACGAGCCGAAAGUGUAAUCACCACCCCUAGCGAGAUUUUCGAAGACUCACAGCAGCGUGAGAUCGAAGGCUUGAUUGCACAAAGCGUAUUUGAAUUCAUCUUAUACGACCCUGUGGAGCACGCAAGAGAGCGUAUUUUUAGCUCUCGUCUUGUCAACGAGCUCAAAGGCAAGAAAACAGCAACCCCAUUCGAAAAGUCACGACUCGUUAUACAAGCCUUCGCCGACGAAAGAAAAGAAGUGAUUCUUACUCAAUCCCCCGCUAUACAACGCUCGAGCCAACGCCUCAUUACUAUACUAGCGCCAGCACUCUCACUGCUAGGAAUUUCCCUCUACCUUCGUGAUAUUACGCAAGCUUAUACUCAAAGCGAUCACUUACUAAAUAAGCUCAUUCUAGCACGCCUACCGAAAGAAAUAGUAAAGUUUUACUCCGAAAGAACAAUCAUGAGGAUCCGCAGAGCACUAUAUAGGAUUCCUAAGGCAAGUACCUUUUGGUGGUCAACAUACUACACCCACCACAAAGAGAAGCUGUCCACAAUCACCUCGACCUACGACCCUUGCCUCUUGAUUUGUACUAAGAAAAGCAUGUUUAGGCUCGUAAGGAUGCAAGUAGACGACACCUAUUACCUCGCCGACGAUCGAUUUGCAGCCAAGGAGAGGUCAGAACUCAAAAAGGCCGGCUUAAAGGCCAAGGAUGAGACUAAGCUGACCUAUACCACCGACAUUAGGUUCAAUGGCUGUAUUUUAAAGCUACAGAAAGACGAUACUAUGCUCUUCACACAAAAACAGCAAGGCCAAAAGCUCGCUCUCGUCUCCGAUAAACUAAACUACAAGCAAGAGUACCUCGAGCAGCGCGCACGCGGAGCAUAUAUUGCUUCUACUUGCCAACCUAAAGCUUUAUUUGCUCUUUUAAUAGCAGCCCAGCACAAAGACCCUAGCAAAGACGAGAUGAUCAGCAACCAAGGCAAAAGGCUAAAAUACGUUCCUAUCGACCUUCGCUUGGCCAAGCUUUUUGUAUUCGUGGAUAGCUCUUUUGCAAACAACAAGGAUCUAUCCAGCCAACUUGGGUACGUGAUUAUCUUGAGAAACGAAACACGUACGACCGAAGAGACCUUCAACGUCACAAGCAACGUGGUGCAUUACAGCUCUACCAAAAGUAAGAGAGUUACCAAGAGUGUUUUAGCCUCAGAAAUCCUCGGAAUGGUGGCUAGAAUAGACAUUGCAAUUGCCUUAAAUACCACUUUAGAUCAGAUCACCGAACAGCUCUCGUUACCAAAGAUACUAAUAGUAGUAGCUACCGACUCCUACUCACUCUACGAGUGUUUAGUAAAGCUCGGCACAACCAAAGAGAAGAGGCUCAUGAUCGAUGUAAUAGCCUUACGACAAUCUUACGAGCGCAAGGAGAUCGCCGAAAUACGCUAG